AAUGACAGUGAAGCCAACAAACAGCCCGUCAAAUUUGAACCCAUGUGAAUCGUGUUAUGUUGGGGGCCGGAGGAGUGACUUUGACUUAAGCACUCCUGCAUGCUUGAAAGAUUGUUUAUCUGCAGACUGAGUCUAAAUUAAUUUGAGCCUGUUAGCUGGAAUUAGCACCGUCAGGCUACACGAGAGAGGGUUGAUUAAAUUUGGACGAAUUUGUCUCGUUUGUCGUCAGCUGUAACACUGAGAAUUUAACGGGAACUAUGAAUCAGUACACACCGGUGGAGAGGCUGUGUAGCGGCUACUUCGGUUCGGAUCACCGUGUCAAAGAGCGCCGUCCUGGCAGGAAAGAACGGCACGUGAAACUGGUGCCGUGUGGUAGCAAGGAAUUCGCCCUGCGAGCGCUGAGCGUGUACAAGGAGAUGGCCUGCUACCUGCCAAAGCACGAGAAUGUGGCCAAGGUGAAGGAGGCCUUCCUCCACAGGCAACAAGGCACCGUGUACCUGUGCUCGGUGGGGAAGGAGUACGGCGGCCAUCAGGCCCUGAACGAAUUCCUGCUGCAGAAGCACUCGGGGCUGACGGAUGACGCCUACAAGGCGAUAUUCCUGCAGAUUACCACAGGACUAUCCUACCUGCACUCCAACGACAUCGCCCACAAUACACUGACGUCUUACAGCGUGAUCGUGACCGAAAUCUAUAACGGCACCGGCGUGGCCAAGCUGACCGACUACGGGUUCGCCCAGCUCUGCCUCCAGGCCACGGACGAUUGCUACGAUUUGGAGGAGGGCCGGUCCCUGAGCUUGAUGUAUGCCCUUCCUCCCGAGGCCUACCAUUCCAAGUGGGGCAGGGAAUUCGACAAACCCAACAGGGCAGCCGAUAUCUUCAUGCUGGCGAUGCUCUUCAACGCUGCCGCUGACCACUCCCUGUUGCCGCUGCCCAAAUCCAAGAAACGCCAACGAGGUGAGGAGAACCGGGUCUUGGCGACCUUCUUGCCAUUUCCCGGCUACGGGUCUGUGCCUGUGGGCAAGUUCCUUCACAACAACCCAAGCGUGGACCUGGACCACCAGCUCUUCCGUACCGUCAGCCCCGACCUGAGACGCCUACUGCGGAGGAUGGCCUUGCUGGAGCCGAACGACCGUCCAGCUCCCACGGGGGUCAUACAGAUGCUGAACUCCUGCAAGACGAUCCGGAAGCCUCCCUCUACCGAGGAAGCCGACACCAGCUCUUUCAAGGUGCCCUUGGCACCACUGAUGACAGCCAACCGGAAGAGGAGGAGUUCUUCUAUCCCUUUCGAUCCCAUGGCGGCAGGAAGAGCGUCGAAGAAGAGCAAGAUGGCGGGUCCAGCCCGAGAGUGGGAGAAGUCCACCUCAGAGGCAGCGUCUAACCUCAUCAGACGGGCAUCACUACGAUUGUCUCAGAGAGCCAAAAGUGUCAGUGACUUCCUCAACCAGAAAAAGUCCGUCAAAAUCACCGACUGAAGCCAAGAGUAGUAUUUCCAUAAAAUUCCAAGACCCCGGGUGGACAAGCUGAACCCAAUGACGCCCAAUUGGACAGAAAUAACACCAAAGACAAUGUCCGUCAAGAAUUAUUCUGAAAUAAAUGGACUGACUACUUUGCUGUAAAUAAAAGGUCGCAAUAGGAUAAAGCUAAGUGGUUUAAUUAAAAAUCUGUAAAAUAAGAGCGCCCGCAUGUGGCGGAAAUUCAGUGUCUGGUUGUA